GGUGCUUACAAAGGAAACAACCUCCAGCAACUCAAGUCAAAGGAGAUAAGGCCCACAUGUUUCCCACCUCCCUCCACUAAGAAAUCCUUUUCCGGUUUUUCUGCACUAAGGAUUUCUGAAUUUCCAAAUAGUCCAAGAUCCGAUCUCGGAAGAACCCCCUUCCAUUUCAUCCCGUCUUAUUUCUUGUCAGUAGUGCACGUUCCAGUUCCCGUUCGGCAAAGUGGCCUUUCAGACGAACUAAGAGUUAUCUCAUCAACAACAGAUAAAAUGAUUGAACUUUCCUUAUUACAGAGAAAGCGAUAGCCAUUGACUUGCUGUCUUUGUAGGUGUACACAACUUAUAAGAGAGAAAAGAGAGUUGCUAACGGAGAAGCAAGGGUGUGAGAGAUUCAUAUAUAUAUGGAGAAUGAUUUCGUUGAAGGAGCUCCUUCAUCUACAGUUGAUAUUCCAGAAUUUUUAAAAUCCUUCCCGAAGCUGUCUGGCUCUGAUUCAUCUGCCAAUCUUGAUUCUUUACCUAGUGCUGCUAAAGUUGUAGCCACAGAAAGUCAUGCUGGACAAACAUCUUCUCAUUACACAUUAGCGGACAUGUUAAAAAGAUCAGAUGUUACUUCGCGAUGGGAGGAUGGUCGUGUUGUGGACGAGUAUCGCAAAAUUAUUCGGGAUAUUAUUGAGUUACUAUUCCAAUUGGAGUUGAAAGAUAUACGUUCUGGCAACUUGAACGAUGGUGACAUAGUCAUUAUUCAUGGUAGAGCAAAGAUCCCCUAUCUUGCAAAUCCUUGUAUUGAAACUAAAUUGCCAAGCUAUAGACAAGAAUUCAAAUCUUUGGUUUCAAGAAUGCUCGGGGAGAAUGCUGCAAUAGUGGAGUUAGUGCACUUCUAUGGCAAGAUCGACCACCUUGGGAUGACUUUUAACGACUUAUGGUAUCAUCCUCUGCUCCAAUCAUCUAAUGAGAGAUAUUUUUUCCCUCUUGACGCCUGGUUGCAUCUUCAAUAUGAGAGAAGAGAUACAUGGAGAAAUAUGUAUCAAAAUGUGGUGAAUAAUGAUAUUGACAUUAACACAAUCAUUGGAAAAUCUAAAUAUAAGGCUUUUAUGUUAGUUCUUUUAAAAAAAACCAAAAGGGAAGGUGCAUAUAAGAAUAAUGCCUUGGGAGUGUUUGAUUACUCAAGAGACAUACUCGAGAAUGUUAAUAAAUUUGUGGACAAGGACGAUGAAAGAAUUUCGACAAAGCAUGAAGUGGAAGAAGAGCUUACUUCAUUGUUCCCCACACGGCUAAUAGAUUUAUAUGAGUUCUUGUAUAGCAUGGGCAUUAGCAUGGACUCCUUAGGGCUACGAAGGGGAUCAAAUUGAAUCAAUCUAUCAUCAAUCCUCGUGAGAUCGACCUCGCACUUACAUAUGCUAUACUACCAAACAGCUCGUACACUUGCGAGUAUUGCACAAGGUCCGAUCAAAAUUCAAGAAUUGCACAAGGUGGUUUGUAAUAUGCAUAUGAAAUUGUAUUGUUUUGGCUUUGGUUGUAGAGCUUCUAAGCAAGUUGCAACUCAAAAAUUAAAAUCGGUCCACUACUAGUGAUGAUGUAGAUGCGAUGAAAAGAUAAAUUUGUGAUGAGAAGAUAAAAAAUCAAUGUAUUAUAAAACUCAUAGACAUAAUAUUUUAUGUUUUUUUUAGGAUGUAGAAUACCUACAAGAUGUUUA